GCAAGUCAACUGGCAGUGAGCUGGAGGACAAUAUGGAUCAGCCUCUAGUAAUCGAGCCUCUGCAAGCCAUACAGCCUAAAGAACACUCUAUGCCACUUUCAAAACCGCCGGAGGACGAUGGAAAUGGAAAAAUGUCUGAGCUGUUGCAGGUUUUGCAGGAAAGCAUGAGGGAAAGCGAGUCAACCACAGAUUCGAGAGUGAAGUCGGAUGAACCAAGCCAAACUGCGCUCGGAGAUGAAGAAUCCGAUCAUUCAAGAAAACCUUCCGAGGCAUGAAGUGUUUGCUUUUAUGGUUGCCACCUUGUAUGGAUACUGUGUACAUGCUAUGGUGAUGGACACCAUUGCACGAUGUGGUAAUCAGACCAGUGUGUGGAAAGAUUGUGUUUUUAAACAAAGGAUGUUGGAUAAUAAGUAUAUAGAAGGGUUGUUUUCUUAAAUUAGGAGCUGUGGAAGAUAUGUUUUUACCCAUUUUAUAGUUUAUUUAAGAGUGAUAA